AUGCUCUGCCAGUGGAUUUAUCUUCUGCCCCGAACCUACUGGAGUCAUCUCUUAUUUCCCGCUUCCACUCCCCUCCCUCCUCCUCCCCUCUGCUUCCCUCCCCUCCCUUCUCCUCCCCUCUGCUUCCCUCCCCUUCCUUCUCCUCCCCUCCGCUUCCCUCCCGUUCCUUCUCCUACCCUCCGAUUCCCUCCUGUUCCUGUACCAAGUGAUUCGCCCCUCUCUCCGCCUCUCGCUCCGCUGAUCUGCCUCUCUGCUGCUAUCACGUUUAACCGCUCUGCAAGGCUGCCAGCCUCGUCACGUUGUUGCCCCCACACUGCUCUUUGCCCACCUCGCCCUCCCUUCUCCUCCCCUCCGCUUCCCUCACCCUCCCUUCUCCUCCCCUCCACUUCCCUCGCCCUCCCUUCUCCUCCCCUCCGCUGCCCUCGCCCUCCCUUCUCCUCCCCUCCACUUCCCUCGCCCUCCCUUCUCCUCCCCUCCGCUUCCCUCGCCCUCCCUUCUCCUCCCCUCCGCUUCCCUUGCCCCCGCUUCUCCUCCCCUCCGCUUCCCUCUCCCUCCCUUCUCCUCCCCUCCCCUUCCCUCGCCCUCGAUUCUCCUCCCCUCCGCUUCCCUCCCCUCCCUUCUCCUCCCCUUCGCUUCCCUCCCCUCCCUUCUCCUCCUCUCCGCUUCCCUCCCCUUCCUUCUCCUCCCCUCUGCUUCCCUCCCCUUCCUUCUCCUCCCCUUCGCUUCCCUCCCGUUCCUUCUCCUACCCUCCGCUUCCCUCCCCUAACUUCUCCUCCCCUCCGCUUCCCUCCCUUUCCUCCUCCUCCCCUCCACUUCCCUCCCCUUCCUUCUCCCCCCCUCCCCUCCCCUCCCCUCCCCUCCCCUCCCCUCCCCUCCCCUCCCCCCGCUCUCCCUGACCUCCCCCUCCCUCCCGCACAUGCUGCCCUCCCAUUGUUUUUUUCCCCACCACGCGUGCCGGCCUCCUGCUCAUGUGGGUGGGGAUGCGCCAUGCAGGUGGAGUAUGCGAUGGGGGCAGUGAAGCAGGGCAAUCAGCAUGCGCAGCACAACACACCGUGUUCCCCAAUCUCCCCCACUCCAUCCCCUGCCCUUCCUCCCUUGUGCGCUCUGCUCUACAUCCCCCCUCCUCCCCACCAGGUGGAGUACGCCAUGGAGGCGGUGAAGCAGGGUAGUGCAGCACACACAAGACAUGUGGAGUAUGCCAUGGAGGCGGUGAAGCAGGGCAGUGCAGUGGUGGGUCUGCGCAGCACCACCCACGCGGUGCUGGUGACGCUCAAGCGAGCGGCGUCCCCCCAGGAGUCGUAUCAGCGCAAGAUAUUCCACGUGGACGACCACAUGGGCAUCGCCAUCGCUGGACUCAACGUUGAUGGCCGUGUGCUCCACCACUUCAUGCGCUCCGAAUGUCUGUCUCGCAAGUUUGUCUUCGAGUCGCCUCUCCCGGUGGGCCGCCUUGUCUCCAUGGUAGCAGAAAAAUCUCAUAUGUGCAUGCAGCGCUCAUGGCGCCGCCCGUACGGUGUGGGGCUGCUGGUGGCCGGCAUCGACCAGACCGGCCCGCAUAUCUUUCAAACCUGCCCGUCGGGCAACUUCUGGGAAUUUCAUGCCAUGGCGAUCGGGGCACGUUCACAGGCCGCCAAGACGUACUUGGAGCGGAAGUUUGACUCGUUCGGAGUGUGUUCGCUGGAAGAGUUGGUGCGACACGCGCUGCUUGCUGUGAAGGAGUCACUGCAGGAGGGGGAGCUAAGUGGAGCCAACUGCAGUGUCUCUAUCGUGGGGGAGAGGCAAGCGUUCAGCAUUUUGACUGGUGUGCAGUUGCAGGAGCAUAUAGAUUGGAUGGAAAAUGAGGAGGGUGGGCAGGGAGGGGCUGUGAAGGAGGAGGUAGAGGUGGUGGAGGAGGUAGAGGUGGAGGGUGUGGAGGAGAAGGCAGGGGGAGGGGAAGGAGGGGAGGGUGGCAUAGGGGAGGGGUCUAAGGCAAGGCUCUGGUUAUCAUACCAAAUUGAUCUGAUGAUCUAA